AUGGCUGCGCCCCUGCCGGCCGAAGAGGGAGGUGUGGCUUCUACAUUCACUUCCGGGGCAGUGGGCGGAGCUGAGUGCACCUCGCCGGUUACUCGGCCGCGCAGAAGCACAGAGCUCCCCGGGGCGGGCCCGAGGCGAGCGCGCACGUCACUGCGCUGGGCGGAAGAGGCUGUCGCUGAGCUGGCUGCCGCCGGCGGGAGGACGAAGCUGUUCCGCCCGGAGGGAGCAGCGCUGCGCGAACGACGCCCGUGUGUGGGAGAUGAGGAACCCGCCGAGUCUGGCGCGGCCUCCGCGGACGCCUUCGACGCCGCGUGGGCCGGGAGGGCAGACGCGCCCACGCGGAAGCGCGCCUGCGCGGCGGAGGCGGCCCGCGGGAGCCGGGCUUCCCUCGCGGGCGGUGGCCUCGGGCGGGUGACAGGCUCCGAGCCUCGCUUCCGUAGCGCCUGCGGCCGCAGUGAGGUACGCGGGAAAGGCGCUGGGACAGCGGCCGGCGCGGCUGCAGACAGAGCAGGAACGGCUCCCCAGGUCUUCGUUCCGGCGGCGCCCCCGCCUGCCCGCCGCGCCCCCCGCCAACCCGCCCGCGCCUCUGCUCGGUGGUCCCCUCCGCCCGUCGGCAGCGUGAAUUCCCCGGGCGGUCAGGCGCAGGGCAGCUUCUUCAGCAGUGUAUUGUCAAACUUGGGUUUUUGCCAGUCUGAUAGGAAUCAAGAUCACCAGCUGAGAAGAAGUUUGGGAGUGAGGACUUGGGAGUUUGAGGAGAGAGGAGAAGAUUAAGACAUCACUAUAUUGACAACACCCUAAAACGGAACAGUUAAAAUAAGCCACUGUACAUCCUUAAAAUGGCCUACGAUGCAGCUGUUUAAAAGAAUGCGGUAAAUUUAUGUGCACUAAUAUGGAACAGCCACCCAGCUGUGUUAUGAUAAAAAAGGAAAGUGUGAAGCAGUGCAAGGAGCAUCCAUGUAUAGGCUUUUGUAACAAUCUGUCCAGUGGGUCACACUCGAGAACAGGUCAGUAAAAAACAGGAAGGAAACAAGUCUUUGCCUUCCCUAUUCCCUUCAACCUUGGAGGAAAUCUUGUGCAAGAGCAUAACUUUUUUGGUCACUCAAAGAAAAUUAAGUCCUCUCAACACUGUUAUUUCCAAUAAUAGUUUCAUUUUGGUAAUUGAACACAGUCCAAUGAAAUAACUGAAACUCCAAACCCCUGUGUCACCAGAGCUGCUCCUUCUGGCUCAGUUCUGGGUUCAGCAUGAGGAAGGGAUGGGCCGACACUUCCCCACGACGCAGCCUUGGUCUCCUGCCUCACCCUCCUCCUCUGAGCUCCCCUGGCUCCUCCACGGUUGACAGAAGAGGGAGAAGUAAGAGGUAGCAAAGGUCAUACCUGACUGACAAACAGGUGAUUCUAGUUCUGGGGGCCUUCUAGGAGCUGCAGUUCUCGUCCUGGUUCCUGACCUCUUCUGUGGUUUUCUCAGAGAUGCCCCAGCUAGGGGAUCCGACUGCAACUCCUGUGAUGUGGUUGAUGCUUUUCUCCAGCAGGCCGCUUACACACCUAACCCUCAGCCCUUGGGUGUCUGUGGUCACACACACACACACACACACUCACACUCUUAGGGUCUCAUGGCCCUCUGGACAGCCAAAUUGGGUGAUGUUGUUUUAGACCAAUUUCAAUCUAGUUUUUGCCCAUGAAUCCACUUGGUCCUUGCGUCAGUGCAACUCAUUCCCAGGGAAGUGUGACCUCUCCAUUCUGCCUCUUUGGUCCUAAAGCCAUAGCUUCUCGCCUUAGAUUUCCCAGGUGUGCAUCAGACACCCUUCCACCAUUUCCCCCAAACUCUGAGAGAUGCUUUCAAGCUCAGCCUUAGAAGUGGUCUUAUUGAAGGCUUUUUUUUGGUUUAAGGUAAGGGGAAACACCAUCCUCCUAACCCCCAUGGGCAUGAGGAAAACAGACAGGAAUAACACAAUCCUCUCCAAAGAAUAUCCCCCUCUGGCGACUUCAACAUCACGGCUUUCAUACUUUCCAGAUUGGCCACGGUUCACAAAGCCUGGUUUUGAUUCUUGCCGUUGUAAGUCCUGUUUGGAAGGCAGCCACUCUCUUUGGAAUGUGAGUGGAUGUAGUAUCUACUCUUUUCUCCCAACCUUUGAGGCUACAAAGACAGAAAGGGUCUCAUUACAACAUCCUACUUAACACAUAUCGAGAAUACCUCUUCAAAGAUACCCAAGAAACAGGUUCUUGCCUGCAGGGGAUGUGGCGCUAGGAGGGGGAUACUGAGAGGUACACUUCCCUGUGUAGCCCCUUGUACUUUUUUUUAGUAGACUUUAUUUUGUAGAGUGGUUUUAGGUUCACAGCAAAAUUGAGGGGAAAGUACAGAGAUUUCCCAUAUACCCAUUGCCUGCACACGUGCAUACCUCCUCCAUUAUUAACAUCCCCACCAGAGUGGUACAUUUGUUACAACUGAUGAGCCUACAUUGACACGUCAUCACCCAAAGUCUUCAUUUUUAUAGUAGAGUUCACUCUUGGUGUGGUACAUUUUCUGAGUUUGGACAAAUGUAUAGUGACACGUAUCCACCACUAUAGUAUCGUACCAGGUAUUUUCACUGCCCUAAAAAUCCACUGGGCUCUGCCUCUUCAUCCCUCCCUCCCCUCAACCCCUGGCAACCACUGGUAUUUUUACUGUCUCCAUAAUUUUGCCUUUCCUAGAAUGUUUCUAUAGUUGGGCUUGCGCAGUAUGCAGCCUUUUCAGAUUGGCUUCUUUU